AUGGGAUCAGUUUUGAAUAACCCUAACUUCAGUUUCUUUUCUGAGAAGAUAAUCGAUAAUGGAGCUACAAGUUCAGUACCAUCUCUAUAUAUUCCUGAUGAGGAAAUAUAUGAGAGUAUUGGUGAAUGGAAUUUUAGUCUAAUUGGUAGAUUAGAUUUUGUUAAAUUGAAAUUUGCUGCUGCUGAAGAAGCUUUGAAGAAACAAUGGAAAUUAACAGGUGAUUAUCAAUUGAUUCCUCUUGGAAAAGGUUUCUUCAUCAUCAAAUUAUCAAAUGAAAAAGAUAUGAAGUAUAUAUGGAAUGGUUGGUGGAAAAUUGAUUCACAGAUCCUUAAACUAAGACUUUGGGAGGAAAAUUUUAAUCCCGCUGCUCAGAAAACUACUACAGCUUUUGUAUGGGUGAACUUUCCAGGAUUGGCAAUUGAAUAUUGGAAAGAAAAGAUUCUAAUAUCCUUGGGUGAUGCUAUUGGAAGAGAUAUAAAAGUAGAUGAAACAAGUCUAAAAAGGGAAGUUGGGUACUAUGCCAGUGUUUUAGUGGAAGUGGAUUUAGCUAAAAAGGUUCCUAAUCAUGUUUUAGUCAAAACCAAAUAUGGAAGUUUUGAGCAAGAAGUACAGAUUCCUAAAAUUCCUAGUUUUUGCAGUCAUUGCAAAGUGGUAGGGCAUUUAAUUACUGAAGGCAGAGUGCAGCAAAAAGAACAAAAGCAGCUUGAUAAUGUUGAUGAAGUUCCUAAAGUGCAGAGGAAAAUAUGGAAACUUAAAGAGAAAACUAUAACUCCUAUAGGUUUUGAUAUUUGCAAUACCCCAAAAACAACAAUUGAAGAUGGAGUGGAGAAAGAAUUUUUAAUUGAAGAUGAAAUUGUAGAUGCAAUAAUCCCUCCAAUAGAGAAGCCAAGUGCAGUCGAUUCUCAAGAACAUGAAAAUUUAGGUAAAUUUCAUAUAUUACAAAGUUUAGAGAAUGAUGAGUUUCCUCCCUUGAGUGUAAACAAAUUAUUAGAUGUGGCCACUAGUAGUACUUCAGUGAUAAACAAGAUUAAAGUUAGUAAUGACAAGGAACAAGGAACUCAAGAAGUUGUGAAGAAAGUGGUUAAACCAAAGAACAUCAGUUUUAUAACAACAAGAAAAAACAAUGGAACAAAUUUAGUGAAAAAGAAAAAAGGUGUGAGGAGUCCUGCUACUUCUCAAUCUCAACCUUCUAUAUGA